AGGUUGUGAUUUCUCAACGGUUGAUUCCUGAAUAUAUUUCCGCGUUGUUAGCAUUAAGCUAACUGUGUAGUCUGUGGAGAUUGGUUGACUUCUGUGAUUCAUUCAGGCACUGACCGCUGUUUUCAACACUGACGUUUUAUCGACAAGAGGAGAAAAGCUUUCAAGGUUUUGGGGGGCAGAAAGUGGUGUCAGGUCUGGUUCAGGGUCGUCGAACAGUUAAUGCACAGAGUAAAGAGGCUGAAAACUGAAGACAAAACAGACGACGGCCUGGAAAGCGUUAGAGGGACACUGGCAGGCAUGACGGGGGUGGACGAGCUCUCGGACAGCACAGAGGUGGUGGAGAUGGAGGAUGUGAAUCCCACUCAAUUCCAGGUGGAGAAGCAUACAUGGGACGGCCUGCGGAAGAUCAUCCACAAAAGCCGCAAGAACACAGGCGUGAUCAUCAACAAGGCACCACAUGAUUUCCAGUUCAUCCAGAAGGACGAGACCAGUCCCCACUCCCACCGCAUCUACUACCUUGGAAUGCCUUACGCCAGCAGGGAAAACGCAUUGCUUUACUCAGACAUUCCCAAGAAGGUCCGCAAAGAUGCUCUGUUGGUUUUGUCGUGGAAACAGCUGCUGGAUCACUUCCAGGCCAGCCCUCACCACGGGGGCUUCUCUCGAGAGGAGGAGCUGCUGAGAGAGAGGAAACGUUUGGGGGUGUCUGGCAUCACCUCCUAUGAUUACCACCGUCCCAGCGGCCUCUUCUUGUUCCAGGCCAACAGCAGUCUGUACUACUGCCGAGAUGGUGGAAAUAACAGCUUCAUUACUUCUCCCAUGCAGCCUGUGGAGAUUAAAAGCCAGAGUUCAGGCACACGCAUGGACCCCAAGAUUUGCCCGGGGGACCCCAACUUUAUCGGCUUCAUCAACAACAACGACAUUUGGGUGACCAGCAUUCAGACGAGCGAAGAGAGGAGGCUCACCUUCUGCCACAAAGGUCAGGAUCAAGACGGUAUUGAUAACCCAAAAGAGGAUACUAAAUCUGCUGGUGUAGCCACUUUUGUCACACAGGAGGAGUUUGACCGCUUCACUGGCUACUGGUGGUCGCCAGCUGCUCAUGAAGAAUCGGAUGGUGGUAAGACUCUGCAGAUUCUGUAUGAGGAGGUGGACGAGUCCGAGGUCGAGAUCAUUCACGUUCCGUCUCCGGCUCUGGAGGAGCGCAAGACUGAUGUCUACAGAUACCCACGCGCAGGCAGCAAGAAUCCUGAUAUUACUCUCAAAAUAGCAGAAAUCAGGACAGACAGUCUCGGCAAAAUUGUCAGCACCCAGGAGAAGGAGUUGCCUGUUCCCUUCACCAUGCUGUUCCCUGGUGUUGAGUAUGUCACCAGAGCCGGAUGGACAAAAGACGGCCGAUAUGCAUGGGCGGUCAUGAUGGACCGGCGGCAGCAGCACCUCCAGCUGGUCCUGCUGCCCCCAGCGCUCUUCAUCCCUGCACAUCAGGACGAGGCCAGCAGGCUAAAGAGCUUGGAGGCCCUCGGAGACAGAGUCCAGCCCUUCGUCAUCUAUCAGGAGACCAGCGACAUCUGGAUCAAUGUCCAUGACAUCUUCCAUCCGUUCAUCCAAACCAGUGAUGAUGAGAUCACCUUCUUAAUCGUAAAUGAGUCAAAAACAGGCUUCUGCCACCUGUACAAGAUCACGUCUGUGUUACAGCGGGGCAGCUACGACUGGGCCAAAGGCUACAUGCACUCUGAAGAUGAUUUCAAAUGUCCGGUCAAAGAGGAGGUGACGGUAACCAGCGGGGAGUGGGAGGUGCUGGCCAAUCAUGGAGCAAAGCGUUCGUCCAGUCCCCAGAUUUGGGUUGACGAGACAACAAAGCUGGUUUACUUCCAGGGAACCAAAGACUCUCCUCUGGAACAUCACCUCUACGUCGUGAGCUACGACUCGCCAGGAGAAAUUGUUAGACUCACCAAACCCGGCUUCUCUCACAGCUGCUCCGUGAGCCAGACCUUUGACAUGUUUGUCAGCCAUUACAGCAACUUGACCACGGCGCCCUGUGUCCACAUCUACAAGCUGAACGGCUCAGACAGCGACCCGCUGCACAAAGAGCCGCAGUUCUGGGCGAGCAUGAUGGAGUCGUCAGGCCUCCCAUAUGACUACACUCCUCCAGAGAUCUUUAACUUCACAGGGACGUCGGGCUUCGAGCUGUACGGCAUGUUGUACAAACCACAAAACCUGGUUCCCGGCAGGAAGCAUCCCACCGUUGUAUUUGUCUAUGGCGGUCCGCAGGUACAGUUAGUGAAUAACUCCUAUAAAGGAGUGAAGUACCUGCGGCUGAACACGCUGGCGUCUCUGGGCUACGCCGUGCUGGUCAUCGAUGGGCGGGGCUCCUGUCAGCGGGGACUGAAGUUCGAAGGAGCUGUGAAGGACAAAAUGGGUCAGGUGGAAAUUGAAGACCAGGUGGAGGGUUUGCACUACGUAGCCGACAAGUACAAGUUUGUGGACCUGAGCCGUGUUGCCAUCCAUGGCUGGUCGUACGGAGGCUUCCUGUCCCUCAUGGGCCUCAUCCACAAACCUGACAUCUUCAAGGUUGCCAUUGCAGGAGCUCCAGUGACGUUGUGGAUGGCCUACGACACGGGCUACACAGAGCGAUAUUUGGACACGCCUGACAAAAACUCGAAGGGAUAUGAAGCUUGUUCUGUCGCCCUGCAUGUUGACAAGCUCCCCAAUGAGCCCAACAGGUUGCUGAUCCUGCACGGGUUUCUAGAUGAAAAUGUGCACUUUUUCCACACAAACUUCCUGGUGUCUCAACUCAUCCGGGCGGGAAAGCCAUACAACCUGCAGGUUUAUCCCAACGAGCGACACAGCAUCCGAUGUCCAGAGUCUGGGGAACAUUAUGAGAUUACGCUGCUGCACUUCCUCCAGCAGAACCUCUGAUUCACGUUCCUGCACGCUGACCUUCACUUCCUCACUCUUUGCCCUCCUCUCUUUGUCUCCUCCUUCCCAUCCCACCAUUUAUUUUAAACCUGCAUCACCUUCUCUUUCAUUCACUUUUAUGUUAAAAUCAAGCUAUGCCAAAUCUUUAUACACCUCAAGAGUUGUUUGUCAGUCUUAACAGUUCAGAAGCAUUUUAGCAUUGUCAGAUAACUACAAGAUUAAUAUUCAGAUUUCAGUGUAAUCGCCAUAAACCAGACCCUCCCUCCUUGUUGUCUUUACACUCUGAGCAGGGGAAAAGCUUCUGGAUCGCAAUUAAACUUUAGCACCAGCAGAGGGCGCAGUUCAUCCAGAUCAAACACAGAUGAAACUUUUGUGGUAAUGGCAAAAAAAACAAAAAAAAAACAACAACAAAAACGAUGACACUAAUUAAAAUGCUUCUUGUCGCACCGUUAACACAUGCCAACAAUGCAACUAGUACAGAGGUGGACCUGCUGUGAAGUGGACCUGCUGUUUUAUAUUGAACUUUCACUUUGUUUUGUUUUUCCUGAGAUCCAGCUGGUGAAGUCGUCAUUUGUCCGUGUCUGUGAAUAAAUUCUGGAGUGAAAUCAGUAAACCUAAAGCUCUUCAAGAGCAGACAAGUGAGCUCUUAACCCCCUGUGUUGUAUACUCUGUACACUUUCUUGCUUUGAGACUGUGCGCUCAUGUGCUGUCAAAGAUGACUUUUUAUGUGAUGUGCCACAUUUUUAUUGUGCAUUAAAAAAAUAUUUUUUAUGGAUUCUUUAUGCAUUCAUAAAUGGUGGAAACAUGUAGCCUGACUUGUCACUGUUUCUCUCGCUUGCUUUAAUUUUUUGGGGAGCUUCUCAUUUUUCUGCUGCUGAGGACUUUUGCACAUUUUAAAUGUCGGUGCCAACAAAGUGACGUGAAAGAAGAUGUAAGACACAAGAGGUGACUUGCAAGAGUUAAAGAGUGCCUAAUCGUAAACAUCAGGGAAAUUGUCAGUAAAAUGCCUUGUAACACGUGUUACUGAUGACCAUUUGUGAGAUGAGCUAUCAUAGACUGUUCAUGGUUAAAUGUACUCUCAGAUACUGAAGAAAUAAACAGAAGUGAACAAUC